AAAAAACGUACGAUCGUACGAUCCGAUUACCGGAUCCCUGUUUGAGGUUGCUAGAACUGAAAUAGGCUUUCUUUUUCUCUCCAAUGGUCUAGAGGGAGAUAGCAAACCAUAACUUCCCGUGGCUGUCGUUGAUAGCGCCAACUGCUCUAAACCAAUCAUAGCAUUUUUUUUUCAAAAUUAUUCGAGCGUCGUUGACGCUUGGCAUAGCAUAGAUUCUUGAAUAUAAAUUGUGAAUUGCGAAUACGUUAUAUCAGAUAAUAUAUUUUUAUAUAUGAUUCUUGAAUUAAUUUUGGUCUCUUUAAAAAACAAUAAUAACGGCUACUCUGAACUUUGUUUGUUUGUGUAAAUCAGUAAAAGUGAAAUUCUUUGCGUGUGGUCAUGUCAUAAUUUUAACAAUUAAUAUCAAAAGCUGAUUAACGGUUUGUGUGAACAUUGGUGAAUAAUAAUGUCUACAAGAAGCGGCCGGAUAAGACAAAGUCUUAUUGAGACAAGCCCGCCGCGCACUCGUAAAGGAGUAUCACCGACGCGGUCUCCCGCCAGAAAACGAAAAAGUUCCCCAACCGUUCGCUUAACUCAAAAGUCGCCCUCCCGUAAAUCGCCCAGUCGAAAGUCUUCCUCUAAAUAUCCAGCUCGCAAAUCACCUUCGAGAGUUGUGAAAGAAUCUAGAGAACAAGAAAAGGAAGCGUCAGUGCCUAAAUCUCCUGCUAAACGACCUGGCAUCAAAAAAGAUGUCGAUAUAAGAUUAGAAAACUUGUCUUUCAAAAUAGAAAACUUAAAGAGCACACGAUCUAGGCGUUUUGAAAACUCAAUAAAAGAUAUCCCCGCAACGAUACCAAAAAUAGAGUCGACGGUUCGUGAUGAACAAACAAAUGGGCUUGAGAGUAUACAUUCAGUAAGUGAUAUUUACAGUCUGAGAAAUAGAAAGAAUUUUGACGAUAAUAUCCCACGAAGAUCUAGCCGGUUGAAAGACAUUGUUGAUAGUGUACCUGAUAUAAGACAAAGCUUCAGUAAAUCACUAAGUAAAUCAAUAAGCAAGUCAAUCAGUAAGUCUAUAGAUACUUAUUCAGAUGAUGAAAAUACUGACGAAAUUUUACUGAGAGAUAAAUCUCAAUCUGUCACAAGAAAGCUUGCAACUCCUUUGCGCAGCAGUGUGACUCUGUCUCUGAUAAGUAAUCGGUAUGAAUUUGGUGGUACAAUAGGCUCAGUAGCCUUAUCUUUAUUAAUACCCUUGACAGUUUUCUACAUCUUAAUAUCAUGCUCAAAAUCUUGCUCUUCCAUAUCACUUGUGGAAUUAUUUAAAUUGCAAUCAAUAUUGAACUGGUUCAAUACUCAAGUAUCACUUUAUGUAAUCAGUAAUUUUAUUUUGCAAGCAAUCUUUUUAUCUUUACCAAUAUUUGGACCCAAGGAAGUUGACGAACAAGGAAAGAAGUAUUGUUUCAAUGCUUUUUUUUCAUGUUUCUGUACUUUAAACAUAUUAUUUGCUUUGGACUACUACAAAUAUCUGAUUAUUGAUUUGCUUCUGACAUCCUACUUGAAAAUGGCCAUAACUUCUUAUCUAAUUGCAUUGUUUCUGAUAAUUUUAUUGCACAUAAAGAGUUUGAAAAUUGAUGGUAGAGACUUAAAUCCAUAUGCUACUUCUGGACAACUUUUAUAUGAUGUUUUCAUGGGCCGACAGAUACAUUGCUAUUUCAUGAAGGUUAAUGUGAAACUAUGGCUGUCAAGGAUAUCCAACAUAAGUACUCUAAUUUUUGCAAUAUUAAUCUUCAAACGUGGCUUUUCUAUCCAACUGACGGAAAUUGAUAGCAUAUCAUGGGAUAAGCUUACAGAAAUUUUAGACAAAGUGCACAUUAAACCAACUUUAUUGGUGUUUAGCACCAUGCAAAUUGUUUAUGCGCUAUACUUUAUAAUGAGAGAGAAAAAAAUCACAACAACAUUUUAUUGGCAAUCGGAGGGUUUGGGGUAUCUUCAAAUUGUUUCAAGUGCUCUUUACCCUUUCUAUUUUACAACAAUAUCAAAAUAUGUAGCAGACAGUGAUUUACAACUAUCGAGUAAUAUACUAAUAGCUGCUUCUAUGCUGUAUUUACUGGGCUUAAUUAUAAUGCUUAUCAGUAACAACAUUAAAUAUGAAUUCAGGAUAAAUCCACUGCAUCCUAGCUUGACACAUUUGGAUUCAAUGCCAACUUUUCAUGGAAAGAAGCUACUGGUGUCCAACCUUUGGGGUAUUUUACGGCAUCCAAAUUAUACUGGUGAUAUUAUGAUACACAUAGCACUUGCAUUGCCCGGUGUCCUUACACGCAAUAUCACAGCCGCUGUACCAGCAUUGGCAACUAUAUUGGUAUUCUUACAUAGAGCAUGGCGGGAUCAUAACAGAUGUCGUCGACGAUAUGGGGCUGCUUGGCAAAGAUAUUGUAAGCGAGUGCCAUCUCUUAUCAUACCAAAAAUAUUAUAAUCUCUCUGGCUGAUAAAUUAUCUAUUCCAGACAGGAGUUAAUAGUAUAUUAGACAAUAUGCUGACUUCACAUAAAUUGUCUUAAAAUUUAUUAAUUAUAAGGUGGUUUUCGAUUUUUAAUUUAGUUUAGUUUAUUUUUAUUUUAGUUUUACAAAGAGAUUGUAUUGAAGAGAUUUUUUUAUACUUUACAUUAUGUAUUAAAUUUAAUUUUUUAUUCUUAGGUUAAAUAAACAUAUUUUUAAUGAAAUCCUUAUAAAAUUGAAUGUGGUAUCAAUGUAUUAUGCAUUCAUUAUUUUUGAAUAGAAUAAAAUGUCCUUGCCAUAACUAUUACCACCGGACAAAAUGGAAACUAAUUUAGUUUUCCUUUAAAUUGACUGUCUUUUAAUUAUACUUUAAAUGAUAUGUGUUGUGUGUAAUAAUAUAAAUAUAAGAUAUGUAACACAUACACAUUAUAAACAACAUUCGCAUCGAUCGACCAAGUAUUAAAAACAUUGUAGGCUUAGAAUACAAUUUUUCUAUAUUGUUUUUUUUUUCAUGCAUGAAAAUCUUGUUGUCAUUGUCGUAGUGUACGUACAUGGUGUUGUAUAAUGUGUACGCGUUUUAUAAUUUUAGGAUAAUUUUAUAAAAAAUAAUAAAAUGUGCCUAAAAGUAAUUUAAUAUAUUUUCGAGAAAACGACAGGCAUAUGCUCAAAAUUAUAUCAUACCUUUAGUUUCAAAAAUAGGCCUCGAUUUUAAAAA